AUUUCAAUUAACCCCAAAUCGAUUUUCGUCAUCUGAAUCACAAGUUACAAUGUCACCGGAUCACAGAGAUAGCCACCGGAAGAGGUCUCGUCCCCACUCCGACCACGACGACGAUGGCGGAAGAAGCAAGAGGAGGUACGGCGGAGACGAUAGAGACUCGCACGCGAUCGAUCGUGACGACACUGUGUUCCGUUACCUCUGCCCGAUCAAAAAGAUCGGGAGCGUUAUCGGUAGAGGAGGAGAUAUCGUGAAGCAGCUGAGGAUGGAGACUAGAGCGAAGAUUAAGAUAGGUGAAGCUGUUCCCGGAUGCGACGAGCGAGUGAUUACGAUCUUUAGCGCUAGUGAUGAGACGUUUGGAGAGGGAGAGGAAGCUCUUGCUCCUGCUCAGGAGGCUUUGUUCAGGAUUCAUGAUAGAGUUGCUGCGGAUGUUGAUGCGCGGAGUGAAGAUGGUUCUGAGGGAGAGCAGCAAGUUAUUGCGAAGAUGCUUGUUCCUUCUGAUCAGAUUGGAUGUGUUCUUGGGAGAGGUGGUCAGAUUGUGCAGAAUAUUCGGAGUGAGACUGGUGCUCAGAUUCGGAUUGUUAAGGAUAGGAACAUGCCUCUUUGUGCUUUGAGUUCAGAUGAGCUCAUUCAGAUAUCUGGAGAAGUGCUACUUGUUAAGAAGGCACUGCAUCAGAUUGCCUCCCGCCUUCAUAAAAAUCCUUCACGUACUCAGAACCUACUUUCUUCUGCAGUCGCCGGUGGUGCAUAUCCUUCUGGUUCACUCAUGAGUCAUGCGGGUGGUCCUCGAAUUGUGGGGAUAGCACCGCUGAUGGAUCCUUAUGGAGGAUACAAAAGUGAUCAUGCCGGAGAUUUUGGACGCCCUUUGUAUGAGACUCGGAGAAAUGAGCCACCGGCAACAGAUUUCUAUAUUCGGCUGGUUUCGCCCGUUGAGAACAUUGCAAGUGUUAUUGGUAAAGGUGGUGCUCUAAUCAACCAGCUUCGACAGGAGACCAGAGCAACCAUUAAAGUUGAUAGCACUAGAACCGAAGGAAAUGAUUGUUUGAUAACUAUAUCAGCAAGAGAGGUUUUUGACGAUGCGUAUUCCCCAACCAUAGAAGCAGCUAUGCGUCUGCAGCCAAAAUGCAGCGAGAGGGUUGAAAGAGAUUCUGGACUUGUUCAAUUUACCACUCGCAUUCUUGUGCCAAGCUCUAGGAUUGGUUGUCUUCUUGGUAAAGGAGGAGCUAUCAUUACUGAGAUGAGAAGAAUGACUAGAGCUAACAUCCGUGUUCUCGGGAAGGAAAAUCUUCCGAAAGUUGCAUCUGAAGAUGAUGAGAUGGUUCAGAUUUCCGGAGAACUUGAUGUUGCCAAGGAAGCUCUCAUACAAAUUACAUCAAGAUUAAGAGCCAACGUUUUUGACAGGGAAGGACCUGUUUCUGCAAUAAUGCCGGUCUUGCCUUAUGUUCCAGUAGCACCAGAUGCUGGUGAUAGAUUUGACUAUGAUAGAAGAGAUAGCAGAAGACCUGAACGUGGGAAUCAUUAUGGCUCAAGUGGUUUGUCCGCUGAAGGUUAUUCGCCUUAUGGUGCACCGGUUGGUGGUAGUAGUAGUACUCCAUAUGGAGUGUAUGGUGGUUAUGCAUCUGGACGCAGUGGCAGUUCUGGGUUAUCCAGCCAUUCAUCUGCCCAUCGACGCAGAAACUAUGAUUAUUAGAAGCUAUUGGUGGAUGAAAAAAGUGUGAGAUCCUGAAGCCUGAAGCCAACCCCACAGUCCACAGCUGAAGCCUUUCCACAAAACAAGAUGACAAAGCUGAACCACCAAACUCUACCUAGGAGAACCGAUGUUGUUGACAUAUUUAAGUUUGUUUCAUAAAAUUUCCAUGUAACCAAAGUACUACCAAGCUCUCCUACCCGUUGAACCAUAUUUAGUUGCCUCCCUGUAAUGUUGUCUAUCUAUCAUCUUUCUUUCCUCGGAUCAGAUUCAGAAACCUUUAGUUUGGCGAUGCUUAUUUCCAUUUGUAUGAAUUAUAUAGUUUAUGUUAAGUGCUCUGGUUUUUCAGCAUGCGUAAGCAUCUCUCUGACAGGUUUUGGUAUCGCAAAAUAUUACCUGAUAUUAUCUUUCAAAGUCCUUAAAGAUCAUAUGCAGGGAAAGCGAUGAGUGAAUAUCUAUCGGCUCUUGUUGACGACAUUAUUCAGGUUAAUCAGCCACUUGGGCAUCAAGCUGUUGUUCCUUUUGGUCCACAUGAAAAGGUAGAUACAGUUCUUCUCUCUUCAUUAUAUUUUUUGGUUAAGCUGUUGCCAGCACUUGAGACAGGUUGCUACUAUCUCUGAAAGAUUCUCGUCGUUGGAAACCAAUCUCUUGAUCGAUCACUAAUCCUUGUCAGAUUCAUCUCGCCAUCUUGAAAACAUUCCAAAGACGGUUCAGUUCUAUGACUGUCCGGUUUUCUUGCUUAAACCACCCGGUUGUUUGCCUAUCUCCGAGAAAUCUCUUGAUAUUUAGAAUGUUGAAUGACGAGUUAGUUAAAUUGGUGGAAGAAAUUAUAUUAAUUCAACCCUUUCCAAGGAUGUUAGAACUGCUUAGUUUUUUUUUCCCUUUGUAAAACUAUUUGGAUCAGUAAAUAUUUGUUUACAGUUUAAACUACUUAUAUGUGAGAGAUUAUACUGGG